AUGGACCACAUCACUAUGGACCACAUCACUAUGGACCACAUCACUAUGGACCACAUCACUAUGGACCACAUCACUAUGGACCACAUCACUAUGGACCACAUCACUAUGGACCACUAUGGACCACAUCACUAUGGGCCACAUCACUAUGGACCACAUCACUAUGGACCACUAUGGACCACAUCACUAUGGACCACUAUGGACCACAUCACUAUGGACCACAUCACUAUGGACCACAUCACUAUGGACCACUAUGGACCACAUCACUAUGGACCACUAUGGACCACAUUACUAUGGACCACAUCACUAUGGACCACUAUGGACCACAUCACUAUGGACCACUAUGGACCACAUCACUAUGGACCACAUCACUAUGGGCAACAAAAUUAUACCUCUCAUUAA